AUGCACGCCACAGCUGCCCUCCGGAAUGCUGCUCGCACUCCCCUAAUCAAGUUUAUUGGAAAGCGCACCACACCAACUGCAAUCGACCACACCCCAAAAGCGCAUCCAGCUUCUCCCUCCUCGUCACUCCCCGACUCAUUCGCCUCGUACCGGGCCAAGGCUCAGCAGCAUGGCCCCUUGAACAACCCUGCCCGGGCCUCGUCGGCUGGAGCAAUCGGGGCUGCGACUGGUGCCUCUCUCGGCCCGAUUGAGCCCAACAAAGGCCAGUUCUUUGACCGCGACGACCUCCCUGAUCGUUUCCGCCGCCUGCCCUGGAGCGAACUCGAAAUCGAGGCCAUCGAGACUGGCGGCGCCAGCCUGGUCAAUUAA